AUGCCCGCCGGUCACGGUGCGGGUGGUGGCCGAGGGCAGGGAGCUCCGCGGCGCUCUGGUUACCGGGCAGCGCCCCUGCGCUGCGCGGUGGCCCCGGCGAGUCCUGCGUUUCUUCCAGACGAGGACGAUGGCUCAGAGGUCGGACAGUUUCAGAAGGAAGUCGAAGCCUUGCCCCCAGAGCUGAGGCACUACAUCCAGGAGGACAACUGGCGACUUGAGCAGGAGGCAGAGGAGUGGGAGGAGGAGCAAUCUUGCAAGAUUCCUCAGAUGGAGCCUUCACCUGCUUCUGAAUCGCAGGACCUCUCUUCUGAAUCAGGAGCAGAUCAGUCUUCGGUCUGCGAGCAGAGCGUGCGCUCUCUGUCCUCCGAACACGCCAUGAUCGCCAAGGAGCAGACCGCCAAGGCCAUUGCAAACACUGCCGAUGCCUAUGAAAAGAACGGUGUGGAGGCAGCUCUCUACGAGCCCAAGGAGGUAGAGCCAGUGAAGGCCCAACCGGGAGAAACGGCAUUUACGGUUCAGGCAGAGCCACCACAGGACGCUAAGGAAACAGAGUCCGCUGCCCAAACUAGCUCGCAGGUCUCUGAAGUGGAAAUCCCCAGCGUGGGGAAGAUUCCCGUUAGAUCCGAUGCAGACGGAUAUAAUGAGGAGGUGAUGCUGAGUCCAGCCAUGCAAGGUGUCAUCCUGGCUAUUGCAAAAGCCCGCCAGACCUUUGAUCGAGACGGGUCUGAAGCAGGGCUUGUUAAGGCGUUCCACGAGGAGUACUCCCGGCUCUACCUGCUUGCCAAGGAGACGCCGACCCCUCAGAGCGACGCCCGGUUGCAGCACGUGCUCGUCUACUUCCUGCAAAACAAUGCUCCCCAGCAGGUGGUGGAACGGACCCUUCUUGAGCAGUUUGCGGACAAAAACCUCAGCUACGAUGAAAGGUCAAUCAGCAUUAUGAAGGUAGCGCGAGCAAAGCUGAGAGAAAUCGGUCCCGACGAUGUCGACAUGGAGGAGUACAAGAGAUGGCACGAAGACUACAGUCUUUUUCGCAAGGUGUCAGUUUACCUGCUGACAGGCUUGGAGCUGUACCAGAAUAGACAGUACCAGGAGUCGCUCAGCUACCUGGUCUACGCCUACCAAAGCAACACCAAGCUGCUGGUGAAAGGAACCAACAGAGGAGUGAACGAGCCGCUGAUCGCCUUGUACAGAAGGAAGUGUCUCCUGAAGCUGAACGAGGUGGCAGCGUCUCUGUUCGUAAGCUGUGAAGAGGCUCGUGUGGCAGAGGGCGUUAGCAUCCUGAACGAGCUGAUCAUCCCCUGCAUGCACCUCAUGAACAGCUUCGAGAUCUCCAAAGAGGACCUGGAUGCCAUCGAGGUCAUGAGAAACCGCUGGUGCUCCUAUUUGGGACGAGAAGACAUGGACGCCAAGCUGCAGAUGAAGCUGGGCGAGCUACUCCCCCGGCUCCUCGACUGCUCCACCGAGGUCGUUGUUCUGAAGGAGCCCCCGAAGAUCCGGCCCAACUCCCCCUACGACCUCUGCAGCCGGUUUGCAGCCGUGAUGGAGUCCAUCCACGAGGCCUCGACCGUGACGGUGAAGUAG